CCAGAAGCUGCACCAGAACCUGCCUUUUGUAGGCCACGGUGCCAUUGGACAGCUGCGCCGCCUGUUCAGCAUGUACAGACGGCACGGCGCUGGUCUGUUCGUUGUGGCUUGAAGUUCGUCAUCGUUUGGGCACCAACUUUACCAAUCCCGGCAGAAGUUGGUCCGCCGCGUCUGACAUACAUCUCGUUUCCUCGAUCCCCGUGUACAUAAACACCUCAACCCGUGCGCACGCGGCUGCCUGCAUGCUGUCCACGAGCGUCUCCUAACUGCCACCCACGCACUCGCCGCGCAUUGCUACCGCCGCCGCCGCCCUGCCCUGCGCCCGUCGUCCGCGCACCUCCGCUCGUUCGCAGCCCCCCUUCUCACCCCGCGCACGCCCACGGCCUCGCCCACGUCCGCCUCCCACCGGCCUCAAUGAACGCCGCGCGCCAAGCGUGCCGGCCAAAGCACCAGAUCCUCGUCCUGAAAUGCUAUCCCAAGUACAACAAGACGCAGACCGACGUGCGCGCCAACUCGUCCGAGCUCCAGUACCUCCUCUACUACGCCUCGACGCGCCGCAGUAAGCUCACAAAGGUCACCGACUUCCUCGACAAGCGCGCGACCAGCGAUGUGUGGAAGGCGCGCACCGGCAAUGUGCAGGUCACUCUGCAGAUUGUGACGGCGCUGAUCGAGAAGUGCCCGCGCGACUUGCCCCUAUACCAGCGCGCCGUGCUGAGCAUCCUGAAGACGAUUCUGAAGAGCAGCGAUGUGGGCAUGGUCGAGGAGACGCUGCCGGCGUUCGAGGCGCUGUGCCGGCACCAGGAGCCCGCCAGCCUGGCCGAUGCCGAGUACGUGCACCAGUACGAGGAGAUUGUGCAGCUGUACGCCGGCUUUGCGGCGAAGGAGCAGGUCGUUGAGAAGGGCGCCCAGAGCUGGCCUGUGAUGCUGCGGUUCAGGAAGGUGGGGCUGCAGGCGCUCAAGGCGGUCGCGCAGAGCGAGAGUCUGGCCAGCGGGACGGGCAGGCAGCUGAACAUUAUUCUUCCGGUUAUCUUGGAGAAUGUUCAUGGCGACAGCGGCGCGUAUCUGACGCGCUUGGAAUCGAGGGAGAAGGACACCGAGGCGCACGACAAGGAGCUCGCGCUCAGCCGGAGGAAGAGCGUGUCUGCGGCUGCGAGAACGAGCACGAAUGAGAAGGAAGAGGGCGGCGAUGCAGCCGCGGCCUCAGGGACGACUGAAGACGCGGACAAGCUGGCAGAGGAGAAGGUUGGCGCGCUGGCGCUGCAGGCUCUUAGGAACAUCUUUCAGGGCGUCAACCGCGGACAGCUGCGUCUUGCGACGUCGGUCGUGCUCAAGUUCAUCGGCACGCAUGCCAACGGGCAACCCGGUUCGGCCGAGGGCUGGGCAACGAAGCUCAUGGCCAUUAUCUGCACAUGGGCACCUGUGCAGGAUCGAUACGCAAUCCUGGUCGCCAUCGUCGAAGCGCUUGUGCGUAGCCCCAUCGUCGAAGGGGACAUCGAGCGACAGCUGGUGCUGGCAACGACCAUUGACUAUCUAUUGAGCUCCACCAUCAACUUCAUCGGACUCAGCGUCAUGGACGUGCUAGUCGGGCUCAUCUCGCACACACUGUUGAUUCUCCAGCUUGGUGGAAAAGGAUCGAACAUACUGCCUCACCAGCAGCAGACCACAUCGGUGCUGUCGGAGAAGAGCGUCGAAGGGCAGAGCUCUGCCGACAGUGUGGGCGUCGUUAUGGAGGUCACCAAGGAGCCAUCGCAAUCAAGGGUACAACUGCUCCACACCGUACGCAAAUGUAUGGCUGAUCUGGCCACGCACGUUUACUACACCGACCAGAUUUCGGACAUGGUCGAAGCCAUUCUGAGUCGGCUGAAGCCCUCUCCAUCAGCUACAACGACCGCAGAAGCGAUAGAGAACCCGGAGGAGGCGAUUGAUGCAGUUGCUGCCUCAGUUAGCCUGCGAGAGAAGAAGCACGUUGACAAAUUCUUCUCCUUCGAGACUGCACGCAUAACAGCGCUCGAGUCUGUCACUGAUAUUAUCAAGACAGCAAACGCCCGCCGACCCGACGGCUCCUCGGCCUCAGUAGCGCGCAGUAGAAUUGGCGUAAAUGUGUGGAAAGGCACGCAAUGGCUUCUUCGUGAUCCUAGUGGGACCGUCAGGAAGGCGUACGUGGAUGCGUUGGUCACGUGGCUGACCAAGGAGAAGACAAAGCAAGAUUUGAGAAUCCUGGAUCACUACCGCAGGAAAGACAGCGACCAUAGCAAGGGUGGCCGAAGCAAGCGUGCGGUAUCGAACGCGUCACAAAGGGAGAAGUCACCAAAGGUUGCGAGCAAUAGCUUCUUAUCGCUCCUGCAUUUGGCUGUGUACGAGAAUGCGCUGCAGUUUGUCGACUCGGAGGCGGACUACCUGCUUCUGCACCUCCUCCUUGCUACACUGGUCGAGCGACUGGGAGUCAAUGCUGCGCGAAGCGGAUUGCCGAUGGUCAUGCGUCUGCAGGAAGAUAUCGCCACUGUUGAAGAGCCUGCCGCGAAAGUCCGAAUUGGCAGUCUCGUGCACGGUUAUCUGUGGUCUCUCAGCAUGACUUUCGAUUUCGAAACCUCGGCCAUUGGCCGCACAGUCCACAACGAGAUCACACGGCGUAACAGCCAUGGCCUGUGGCUGAAGAGCAUCCGCGUUCCUCCCAUGCCAGUCGACCGCAUCGAUACUCCGCACCCGAGUAUCUCGCAGCUGCCAGCGUCGAUUGUGCAGUCCGAGUCACUACUGCCAUUCGACAACCGCGACGCCCUCGUGGACAAGAUCUCGGAAGGCUACUCGACGUCCCUUUACUCACCUCCCUCGUCUCCACCCGGCUCACCUGGCCGCUCGAUGUCAGCAUCUUCCUACUCUGGCCUCCCGGUCAUCCACCAGCCAACCAUCGAGACCAACAAUAUCCUUUCCACGCCUACCAUCCCGUUCAAGGUCCGCGAGGAUCUUCUUGCAGACUGGACACGUGAUCUGUGCCUCGCAAGCAAUACCAAGGGCGCAUACAGCACCUCUGUCUCCGGCAGCAGAAGCGGGACGCUACACACAGGGAACCGCAACAACUACCUUGGUGUCCGCAUACCCAACGGCGAAUUGGACAGCAACGGUAACUCACCGACUCACAGUCCACGAAGAGCGCAUUCGCGCCCACCGAGUCUAGCAUACGGCCUUGUCGGGCGCCUGUCAUCGCCGCAAAGGCGGCGAAGCCCAAGCGAGCACAGAACCAACAGCAACGACACGCCGCGGAGCCGAUCAUCCCUCCGCAGCUCCGUGCGCGUCGACGACCUCAAGCGCGCCCUGAGCGGCUCCGCCAACGCCCCCCGUACAAGCUACAGCAUGCGCCCCGCCACACGCCGCGACGAGGACGAGGAAACCGACUCCCUCGUCAGCGCCCACUCCCUCAGCGACGCCUCCUUCACCACCACCCACGAAGCCCUGGCCCGCGAGCGCGCCGCCCGCGCCGCCCCAACCGACGACCCCGGCACCCCCGCCGCGACCCUCACGCCCCGCCCUGCGACCUCCCAGACAGAGUCCUCGACGUCCAGCAACCAGUACUUCUCCCGCGCCGACGUGCCGCCCGUGCCCGCCAUCCCCGCUGAUUUCCACGGGCACACCUCGACGCCAUCGACUGCCGGUGUCGGCGAUGCGCCGGAAACUAACGGCGUGGCGAAGAGCCGGAGCGUGAAGAGCGGGGUUAGUAGGGGACGGAGUGGGAACCGGCAGCACCGGGGCAGCGAGGCGGGGAAGCUCGCGCAGCCGAUUACGGUGGAUGAUUUGCUAGGGGAUAUUGGGUUGGAUGACGAUGAGGAGGUGGACGGGGAGGGGCUGGGGAAGGCGCCGUAUUGAGGGCUGGCAAGGGUGCCGCGUUACUUUCGUGUUUAGAUUUGUAAGGGUGGUUUGGUGAGCGGGUUGUGGGGGAUCGAGGUUAGCGAGAGAGGAGGUGUAUUACUAAUUCGUCUACCGUGUCUGCAUACCCGCCUGGCCGCUCGACUCGUGAUGUGGAG